UUGAACCAUGCCCCAGCCUGAGCCCCAGGACAGCUGAGUCCACAGGGAGGAGCACAUCUUUGGGGAAGUGGGGCCUUGGCAGAGAGCGCUUAUAUUGUGAUUUUCAGCUGCAGGACAGAAGGAGUGAGUGGAGCACCUCAGAAGACUGGGACAAAGAGAGACAGAGAGAGAGAGAUGAGUCCUGAGCACUGCAGCUCGGUGAAGACACAAUACAACACACACGUGAAACUAUAACUGCAGGAAACACCCCCCCACUGCUGGUAACGAGAAGGGAGGCCUGGGGGAGCACCAGUAGCUGUCCAUCUAUCCAUCUAACCAGCCAGCAGCAAUGCAGGGGCUGAUGUGGAGCCUGUGCGCUCUGCUCUGCUUCUCCCUCUGGGAGGAAGGCUACUGCAGGAGCUCCAGAGAAGCCCGGAGGACCAAAGAGCCUUCUCUCCACAGGAGUAAAAGAGCCCCCAUCGACCCUGAUGCCAAAAAGUGUUCCUACACCUUCCUUGUCCCUGAGCAGAGAAUUACAGGUCCAAUCUGUGCCAGCACCACAGGCCCUGAGCCAGACAAGGACAGAGUGACCCGUAUGGACAUUGCAGAUGUGCGGGAGGUGCUCAACAAACAGCGGCGUGAGAUUGAGACGCUGCAGCUGGUGGUGGAUGUGGAUGGUAACUUGGUGAAUGAGAUGAAGCUGCUGCGGAAAGAGAGCAGAAACAUGAACUCCAGGGUGACCCAACUCUAUAUGCAGCUGUUGCAUGAGAUCAUCAGGAAAAGAGACAACUCUCUGGAGCUGGCCCAGCUGGAGAACCGCGUCCUCAAUGUGACCUCUGAGAUGAUGCGGCUGGCUUCAAGGUACAAGGAGCUGGAGGCCCGGUUUGCCACAAUGGCCGGGGUGGUCAACAACCAGUCCAUUCUCAUCUCUGCACUGGAGGAGCAGUGUCUGAGGACACUGGGACGUGGUGAGCUGCCCGUAGUUCCCCCACUGGUACAGGUGGUACCACAGAAUAUACCAGUUAACAAUCGUUUCACUAAUGAGAUACAGAGGGACAAUAACAACCGGGCCUUUCCCAGAGGAUCACGCAUGGACUCCCCUACUGCAAGCCCAUUUGGGAUUGACCCUCCACCACCACAGGGAACACUUACCUCUGACGGUCCCUUCAGGGACUGUUUCCAGGUGCGACAGGCAGGCCACACCACCAGUGGGAUGUACUUGCUUAAGACAGACGGCAGCGAGCGGCUGAUCCAAGCCUGGUGCGAACAUGGCCUUGACAAUGGAGGAUGGACCGUGUUGCAAAGGAGGAGAGAUGGCUCUGUUAACUUCUUUCGGAACUGGGAGAACUACAAGAAAGGCUUUGGAAACAUAGACGGUGAACACUGGCUUGGGCUGGACAAUAUCUACAACCUGGGGAAACAGGGUGACUAUAAGCUGAUGAUAGAGCUGGAGGACUGGACAGGGAAGAAGGUGUACGCUGAGUACAGCAGCUUCCACGUGGAGUCAGAGAGCGAGGGUUAUCGGCUGAGGCUCGGCACCUACCAGGGCAACGCUGGGGAUUCCUUCAGCAGUCACAACGGCAAACAUUUCACCACGCUCGAUCGUGACAAGGAUGCAUUUUCUGGUAACUGCGCACACUUCCAUAAGGGUGGCUGGUGGUACAACGCUUGUGGCCAGACCAACCUGAAUGGCGUAUGGUACAGCGGGGGAGUUUACCGCAGCAAAUUUCAGGAUGGAAUCUUCUGGGCAGACUAUGGAGGAGGUUUCUACUCCCUCAAGUCAGUCCGCCUCAUGAUCCGACCGAUUGACUGAAAGCUCGGACUGCGGUUCAAUUCAGAUGCACCUCAGUUUCCUUCCUUAUCUGUAUCUACCCAUAAACAAAUACUGUAAAGGCAGAACCAGGAAUCCCUGCCAGCGUACAACAGUGCCUUGUAAAAGACAAAGGAGUGAGAGACAGUGGCAUAUGAGUAUGGCCAGAAAAACUCCAGCAGUCUGCUCAAUGGCCCAAGUUGACUCUAACUUUGAGAUGAAUACUGAUGCUAUUGCCCUCCCUCAGUUUUUGCUCUCCUCUACCGUUCCGUCUGGAAAGUAACGGUCAGUCGAGGUCCAUGGGACGAUUAAGUAUUACUCUCAAGCGUCCUAUCCAAAGCAACGUUUCCACCCAAAGUGCUCUGAACUUUUAGUCCCAGGAACUACUUUUCAAGGGACUAAAGGGUUCCUUCAGUCCAUUGUUGUCUGCGUUUCCACUGCGGUCUGACCCGCAAAGAUUAGGGCAACUUAGUCUGCUGAUGUGUGAAAAAGCAAUGACAAUUUUGCAUUUGAUUACAUAAUAACUAUCGUUCCUGGUCUGUUUGUCCCCAUAUUGAUGUGUUGAAGCACAAAGAACAAAAAACAUACUGGUUUGCAGCUGCAGAUUUUAAUACAUGGUGGCUGAAGUAAAAUGCUGCCAUUACCCAGCCAAUCAGAUAUCAGCGCUGCACACUCCACCCCCAAAAGUUUCUGUGCUUUUGGAAAGUACUACCCCCUGAGCAGAGACUUUGGGGUGGGGGGUGGAUGGGGGGAAUUUCAUUUAGACCGUGGUCCCCGCAGUGGAAAUGCACUGAGAUCCUCAAAUGGUUCCUAGUCCCCGGGGAAAGUUCCUACCAUGGAAACAUGGCUUUGCUCACUCUUGUUGAAACUCAGUAUGUAAUAAAGGGAAAUGGUCAAUUAACUAAAAACAUGAGAUUUCUUCUGAGCAGCUAAUAGUGACUUAUUGAAAGUAAUGCUGGCCAUACCAAAGGGUAUUGGGUGUACUGGGAUGUUUGACCUUAGUAUCAUAAAAAAUGAUGCAAUUUAAAGGUGUGUUGCCAGCUAGAAUACCUGACAAUCAAACAGUUAGAGGACAGGCCUUGUUAAACCUACUGUCUCUUGUUUAUGGGCUUUGUCUGGACUUCUGGGGUUUCCUUCGACCCCGACAGAAAAUGAACUCUUGCAACAAUGUGCAUGUCCAAUGUGCAUGUGGCUGAGCUGGCUUUGGUAUGUAAAUAUCUCUAUGUAAGGUAAUUUAAGAGGUGUGAUUCUACUCAGGCCAAAUGUUCACAAUGUUAUUUAUCAGUGUAUUUAUAGUAUAGUCAUGGCCAUUUUAUAUCCCUUGUAACAAUACAUUUCUUAAUAUUUUUUAUCCCAUGUAGAGAUUCACUAACAUCCCUUGAACAGAAAGACAUGUAUACACACGCACACAGACACACAUGCACACAUGCACACACGCACACACACUCUCUUUGCCGACACAAACAAAUCCAGAGUGGAUGUCUAUUUGACUGGAGGGAGGAGAGAACGUGACAUGCACUACCUGUUUUCAUUCAAGUCAAAUUAAAUUCUUUUGUAAACAAUGAACUGUCUUUCACUCAUCACUCAGCUCAUGUGAAUGAUAAAAUUA